AUGGAUGUAGAUCUGAGUGAAUUGGACGAAUGGUUGGGCACACUUGAAGAACUUCAGCUGGGCUUGGAACUUUGUCAUUCCGUAACCGGUAAUCGACAUUCGGAAAGCGGUGCUCCAUCCGCAUCUCCUGGGACAGGUGUGCCACUGGGUAGUGCUUCGUGUGUGAAUCGAACAUUCGCUCAGGAUCCACCCAGUCCUCGUUAUCCCAUUUCGUCACCCCGCUCACCCAUGGCUCACAUCAAUCCUGUAGCACAAGAUGCUGCCAGUCCCUAUGAGAACGCCACAUUUGCCGUGCCUGGCCAACAUAAGGAAUUAAAUGGACGUGCGGGCAUGAAUGUUAUCGAUACGAACGGUUCCCCAUCUGAAGCUCACUCUGGAUUAACAGGAAAAAAUGUCUCAAUGGGUGCGGUUAGCAGAAAUCAAAAAGAAGCCACGGCAGAACAUGAUCUCAGCAGUCUGUUGCAAGAACUGGAAGUUGUCGAGGAACGAAUGAAGGAGUUGGAAUCGGAAAACACAACUUUUACACGGGUCACGUGCUUUAUUCCUGUCCGACUGAGUUUUUCUCAAGCAGCUGGUGAAAGUAAGAAAUCUAAUCGAACAGUUGCUAUUCACAAGAAUAAGGACAAAGCUGUUGCCAACACCAAUGCCGUCUCCACGACCAGCCUCACCAGCACGGCCACCACCACCGCACAUCCUACAACCACGAAAACCACAACUAACGGCUUCGUUUCAGCCCAAUGGGCUGCUCAGUUAAACCCAGACUUGAGCACUUCGGACCGGGAACAAUCCAGCUCACCUCCUCCCCCACCCCCAGCAUUUUUAGGAGCCGGAGAUGCCUGCGUCAGUCCACCAGUCUCACCACAACCACCUACCCCUUCGAUCGCUUUGCUUCAACAAACGGAAGCUGGUAUUUGGUCGAUGAAUCCGCAAAAUAUGGCACCCCGGGACCAUAUGGUGCACCGAACGCGAAAACCUAUUUUGAGUAAAUCGACAGGCGGAGCGAAAGUUACGAUGCAAACUUUGGAUGCGGUCGGUGAUACCGGUUUAUUGAUCUCCUCAAAAACCCCAAUGAAUCAUCAAAGUCUCGAAUUUGUUGGUUCAACACAAGUGCCGGUGUCACAAGCGACUCAGCCUUCAUCCGGGUCCACUGGGGUGCAUGUGGUUGACGUGACGCAUUCGAACAAACAUAAUCGACCGCGUGGUCCACCAGAGUCACUCUCACAUCCAAACGUGACACAUGCGCAUUCAUCCAAUGUGACAAUUGCACUACCAUCUGGUGUGAUGGUUGAGUCACCCCGUCAGACCUUGUCUCCAACGGACGUUCAUUACGCCAGUACUGGAGCGUUGAAUGCGUCCGGAUUGGCCGCGGGUCAUCGGCCUUUACUUGGCACCACUGUCAACACAAGACCGAACGACGGGGACGAUGAGAGCUCAUUGAGCGGUCUGGGGAGUUGGAGUCCGGGUCAGCCAGUCCCGAGGCGAGACCUGGUGAAAACAAAUUCACUGGUCGGUCACGGAGGCAGUGAUGGUCUAUCCAAUUCGCUUAGUCCGGAAAGCUCGCUCUCGGACAAAUCGUUCUCCGAAUCAACGGAGUUGGGAGGCCAUCGCGGUGUGACCCAGUCCAGCAAUAAUAAUAUUGAAGGACAGAUGAAAAAAUUGGUUGUACGCAUUUUCCGCCCAGAUCGUACCACGAAGGCCAUUCUGAUUGAGGAACACAUGACAGCCGGGGAAGUAGCCAGUAUGAUGAUCGAGAAAAAUUUCCUUCAGCCCUCUACUCGACUGGCUAUCGUGGAAAAGGUUCCUGCACUCAAAGUCGGUAAGUAA